AUGUCUGCGAUUCCAACAAAUGAAUUCAUUCCGGAUGAAAUUCGACAGAAUAUUUCAGUACAAGGUCUUAAACGAAAAUUUAUUACUUCUUCUCAAGUAAAACCAGAGGAUUGCACAAUUAAUGUAUUGCAAUGGAAUAUUCUUGCGCAAGCAUUAUCUUAUCCCGAAGGUAACUUUGUUCGAGUUAAAAAUGAAGUAGUUAAAUAUGAAACUCGUAAAUGGCGAAUACUGGAACAAAUACUUAUUUAUCAACCGGAUUUAAUUUCAUUAGAAGAAGUCGACAUCUAUGAUUGUUUUCUUAAAGAACAAUUAUCAAAAUAUGGAUAUGUUUGUUUUUUUACACCAAAGCCAAAUUCGAAAUGUCUCUCAUUUGCCGGCGACAGCGAGAACUUCAAAGGUCCUGACGGAGUUCUACUUUGUUAUAAACAAAAUCUAUUUAAAGAGGUUAAUCGAAGUAAUGCUGAUUUACCGAAUGAUGGUCGAUUUGGACGACAAGUAUUUUCUAUUCUUGAAUUAGAAUAUAUACCUUUAUCAUCCCCGAUAGUAUUUAUGGGUACACAUUUUAAAGCUAAAAAACAGUUUGAAUCAUCUCGUACAGGCCAGGCUAAUGCCAUGGUAAACUAUUGUGAGCGAAAAUAUUCGAAAGAUACAAAUAUUAUUAUCGCUGGAGAUUUUAAUGGUGAACCCGAUGAACCUUGUUAUAAUGUACUAGUCAAAUAUGGUUUAAGUAGUGCAUAUUCUACAUUAAUGAAUAAUCAUGAACCACCGUUUACAACUUGGAAAUUUAAAUCACGAGAGUCAAAGAAUGAGAAAGAAGAGAGUCGAACAAUUGAUUAUAUUUUUUAUCGACCUAAAUAUUUGACUCCUAUUGCGUACUUAGACAUUCCGGCUAAAAGAGAUAUUGGUCCUGAUGGUCUUCCAUCGGCUAAUUAUCCUUCCGAUCAUUUAGCGCUUCAAUCAAUAUUCCUUAUUCGAAAAUAA